GGGCUGUGGAGCGACGGCGGCAGCAGCGAGCAGGCAGGCGCGGAGCUGCCCUUCCAUAGGAGCCGCCAUUAGCGCUGGGACCCGCUGACAGGGUCUCGGCGGCGGCGGCCGGCGCGGCGCGGGGAGCGGAUCAGCCGGGGUGGGUCCCCGUUUGAUGGAUCCCCGGAUAGCCUGGUUCCAGCCAGAGCAGCUCGGCCCCUCGAACCGCCUGUGGAUGCAGAUCUGGGAGACCACGCAGGGGGUCCGCAACCUCUACUUCCAGCAGCAGCAGCAGCAGGAGCAGCAGCAGCAACAGCAGCAGCAGCAGCAGCAGCAGCAGAGCGCCCCCGCCGCGGCCGGCCCGGCCUCCCCGCCCGGCAUGUACCGCGCCCCCCGCGCCGACCCCCCGCCCGACUUCCUGCCGCUCGAGAGCGCCAACAACCCGCACAGCCGCGGGCACCGCCAGGCCUCGCCGCCCCCGGGGGCCGCCGCCUGGGCCCGACCCGCGCGGGGGGCGCCGCCCGCCGCCGCCGCCGCCGCCAGCAACAAGAGGAAGCGCGACAACAAGGCCAGCACCUUCGGGCUCAACUACAGCCUGCUGCUGGGCCGCGUCCCCGCCCCGGCCGACGAGCCGGCCGCCCGCGCCCAGCCCGGCCUGGCCGAGCCGCUCUACACCGGCACCCCCUGGAAGAAGAGGAACUACAGCCAGGGAGUCGUGGGUCUUCAUGAAGAAAUCAUUGACUUUUAUAAGUAUAUGUCUCCCAGACCUGAAGAAGAGAGAAUGCGGAUGGAAGUGGUGACCAGAAUAGAAAAUGUUAUCAAAGAGCUCUGGCCUAAUGCAGAUGUGCAGAUAUUUGGAAGUUUUAAAACUGGUUUAUAUUUACCUACAAGUGAUAUUGAUUUAGUUGUGUUUGGAAAAUGGGAGACAUUACCUCUCUGGACCCUGGAAGAAGCUCUUAGAAAGCACAAUGUAGCAGAUGAAAACUCAGUAAAAGUUUUAGAUAAAGCAACUGUACCUAUUAUUAAACUGACAGAUUCUUUCACUGAAGUAAAAGUUGAUAUAAGCUUUAAUGUACAGAAUGGGGUUAAAGCAGCCCAGCUCAUCAAAGAUUUUAUCAAGAAAUACCCUGUGUUGCCAUUUCUAGUUUUAGUAUUGAAACAGUUCCUGUUGCAGAGGGACCUUAAUGAAGUAUUUACAGGUGGAAUUGGUUCUUAUAGUCUCUUUUUAAUGGCUGUCAGUUUCCUUCAGCUGCAUCCCAGGGAAGAUGCCUGUAUGCCCAAUGCCAACUAUGGUGUUCUUUUAAUAGAGUUUUUUGAAUUAUAUGGACGUCACUUCAAUUAUCUGAAGACUGGAAUCCGAAUAAAGGAUGGUGGCUCUUAUGUUGCCAAGGAUGAAGUGCAGAAAAGCAUGUUGGAUGGCUACAGACCAUCAAUGCUGUACAUUGAGGAUCCAUUACAGCCAGGUAAUGAUGUUGGGAGGAGUUCCUAUGGUGCCAUGCAAGUGAAGCAGGCUUUUGAUUAUGCCUAUGUUGUUCUGAGCCAUGCGGUUUCCCCCAUAGCUAAAUAUUAUCCUAACAACGAAACAGAAAGUAUAUUAGGGAGAAUAAUUAGAGUAACACAAGAAGUGGCCACCUACAGAGACUGGAUAUCCAAGCAGUGGGGAAUGCAAAGCAGAACAGAAUCUUCAUGUAAUGGUAAUGGAGUAACCUUGAUAGUAGAUACUCAGCAGCUGGACAAAUGCAACAAUAAUAUUGCUGAAGAGAAUGAAGCACUGGGAAAACCUAGAAAUAAAACCUCAGAAACACUUAGUAAACAUUCUUCAAAUUCUUCAUCAGGUCCUUUAUCAUCAUCAUCAUCCACUCUGUCCAGCUCUAGUGAUGUAGAUUCUGAUGGAACACCUUGCAAAACCUCUAAACAGUUGAGUUGUCGUCAGUCUACCACAAACAGAGUGGGGUCACAAGAAGUGUCACUGGAAUCCUCCCAGUCAAGUGGGAAAACACAAAAUAGCCAAACAGCCAAUACAUCCAGCAACACGAACAAAUCUCAGCAUGGAUCUGCACGGUUAUUUCGCUCGUCCAACAAAGGCUUCCAAGGUCCAACAAACUCAAGCCAUGGUACCUCAGUCACAAACAAACAGCACCAAGGCAGCAAAUCACACCAUCAGUUUUUCCACGGCAAAAAGAGGAAACACAAGAGGGAUGCAGCCCUGUCAGACCUUUGUAGAUAGUUGCCUACUUUAUGACUGUUCUUCUGUGUGCAAUGAUCUCAUGCUACAGGAUAGUUUGAUAGUGACUCCUUGGAUCUCUUCUGGAGCUUCAGACUGUUCAGACAUAGAUUAGCAACUGCAUUUUUUUUUCCCAGCUCGCCACGGAACGGAACAUGAAGAUUGAUCACUGCAAAAUAAAAAAAGAAAAAAAAAAAAAAGAAAAAAAAAGAAAAAAAUGGACAAAAAAAGGAAAAAAUAAUUUUUUUAAAAGAGGAAAAAGGCUGCUCAUUUGAUAAGUCAUAUGCUACAACAGGGUCAUUUAGGAUAUAAAAGCUUGAAUGUAAAAUAAAUGUAUUUCCCAUCAGCUCAUGCUGACUUGUAGAGAUAGUACUCAGUGUGUCUAGGGGGUGGUAACAAACAAAUAAAACACAAAAAAUAGGAAAAAAAAGGCAAAAAAUUGUAUUUUGAGGGAAACCCAGCCUUUAAAGGUGAAAGUAAUUUGUGCAUGAUUUUUUAAUUAUUUUUGCAUAUACUUACCAUUUUAUUGUGUAUAUAUAGAUGACCAUAUAGGAAAACUGACAUUUGUAAUAGUGGAUUUGUUAAUACUUUUUACAUAACAUUACUGUUUAAAUUGUAAACAUAAAUUUUUCUCAGGAUUAGUUUGGAAAAUAAUCUGAAUUGUCAUCUUAACAUCCAUAUAAAGAGACAUUACUAGUUAUAUUGCUCAGAAUUUCUUUUCUUGGCAUUUGGAAGAGCUCAUAGAACUUUUGAUCUGCAAAAGCUGUUCCUCUGAAAGAAAGGUUUCUGGUGGCAAAUGAAGAUUUUCAUUUGUAUAAAGUGUACAUGUACUUUGUGUAGACACUGAGCUUGUCAUCUCUGAGAAGUAACUUCACCUUGUUUUCUAGAGUGCCAUCAUUUCAGGCAAUGGGGUUUUCUAGUUGCAUCCUUCUCUUCCUUCCCUUAGUGGUCUCUCCUCUACCCUUCCUUCUUUUUUUAAAGAAAAAACAAAAGGCCACUCGGGGUUGUAUUUUUUUUUUGUUUGAUUGAUGGUGGUGAUUGUUUUCUUUUUCUUUUUUUUUUUUUUUUUUUUUU